AUGGCUCUGGUUUGGAGGCUAACCAUCCCACUGCCACAAUAUGUCAGCCUUCUACUAUUAUUUGGUUUCCUUGUCUGGAGGCUUUGGGUGAAGUUUUCUGGGAAACACAGUAGGAAACAGGUGGCAGCCAAGACACACUCAGAGACUUCAAAGCAGCAUAAAUUGAAAAAGAUCCAGAAAUUCACAGGUCAGAAAGAUCCUAUUCUUCAGUUCAAAGCUAAAGAUCCACAGUGGGAAGAAAAUCUCAGGAUGGGUUGCGUUGAAGCUAACCUAACAUGCUUUUCAGAUCUCCCUACGGGCUGGUCCCAGGAAUGUGUAUGCUGGUCAACGGACAGGAGUCUUCAACAGGUCGUCCAACACCUGGAAAGUGCAAGAUCAAGUCUUAUGGAAUUGGGUUUGCCUGAACCACAGGAUACGAUUUCUUCUUCCACCUCCUCUGCUUCUGUGGCUCAGGGGCCUGUUCUACCCUGUUGUGACUGUAAGAAGGCAAAACAUUCUUCUGACAGUAGCAUCUCCUCUGGAUCAUCCUACAGCUCCAGCCUGUCUCACCUUCCUGUCUUUUCUGAAGGAACAACUUGGCGACUCCGGAGCCACAGUUUACCUAUUUUACCCACAAAUCAACCUCCUGUGUUCAGGAACCAAGGCACACCUCUGCCUUCCUUUGGGCUCUCAGAGCUUUUCCGGAAAUCAAAGCCUUUUCAGAAUUUGGCAGCUCUUUCAUCCUUAAGUCCUCAAAGCACUUUUAUCAACUCUCUUUUUGAAUCCCCAAAUCUCUACAAACAAGAAGAGAAAACAAAGGAUGAGAGAAGGAGCAAGAGUCAUUUGACAACAGAUCAUAGGCCAAGUGCUAUUUUCAAAGAGAGACCACUAUUGUCAGGGUCAGCUCCAAUCCAGCUCUCUCCUUUGGCUAGGCGGGAGUUAGAGGGACAUAUGGCUUGGAAGGUUUCUACUUUGCGGGAACAAACAGUGCCUCUGCCUGUGAGGGAAUCAUGGGCAAUGCUGAAUUAUUUAACUGAGGUACAAGGAGGAGUUCCUGAACCACAGAAACCCCAAAUCCACUUAUCUAUGCCCAUUCAUCAAAGCACUGAGCAGGAUAUCAAUAAUGAAUCCCCAGACCUUCCAGCAUUUCAGCUCCACGUGAACGUUGGAGCGGAAUCUGGAUUAAGCAGAACAGAAACAAAAAUUUCACAGACUCUUAUCCCAGGUAAGCAGUCACAACCUGGGGAUGGCCCCCAAAUCCUUGGAUCCAGGCCCUUAAUGACAUCAAUGGGCACUCCACCUCCCAAAAGUUUAGGAGUUGACAUAGCUCAAGAGGAAACAACUUUACUGCAGAAGGACCCAAAACGUGUGUUAGAGCUUAGUGUAGAGCAGAGGGUCAUAGAUCUUCCAGAAAAAAGGAUACAGCAGCAUGAGACCCAAGUGACUAAUGUGGAGCUGACCCCACAGCUACCAUAUCAAGUCAGAGAUAGCAUAAAGGUUACUCCACUGGCAUUACUUCAAGUCAUGGAUUCAAUGGGGUUAAUUCCAGAAUCACAUUCAGAAGUGAUAGAAUCUGUAGGUUUGUUACCACGGCCACCAAAUGAAGUUGUGAAACCAAUGGAAGCCACAGAAAGAGUGAGUGUAAGCCCAAACCCAUCAUAUCAAGUCAUUAAAUCAGUGGAGGUAACACCAAGAUCUCAGCAGCAAGUUAUGGAAUCAAGGAAGAUGACCUCAAGACAGCAGAAUCAAGUCAUAGUCAAUGUGAAGGUAACUCCUAUAGCAUUGCUUCAAGUCAUGGAUUCUAUGGGGAUGAUUAAAAAAUCACAUCCACCUAUCAUACAGUCAAAGGGAAUGACCCCAAGGAUGCAAUAUCAAGUCAAGGAGUCAGUGAAAAGGACCACAUUGUUGGACCAUGAAGUCAUACAACCAGGAAAGAUGAGUCCAAGGCUACAACAUGCAGUCAUGGAAACUGUGGAAAUGACCCCAGGGCCACAGCAUAAAGUUAUGGAAUCGGUGGACGUAACAUCAAGGCCACAAAGUCAAGUCAUAGAACCACUGAAGAUUACUCCAAGGCCAAUAUGUCAAAAUACAAAAUCACCUGAAAUGAUCACCAGGCCAUUGCAUCCAGUGAUGGAUUACCUUGAAGUAACUCCAGUGACACUAUUACAAGCUAUGGAUUUCAUGGGGAUAAUUCCACCAACCCAGUCACAUGUUAUAGAAUCUGGGGGUUUGACUCCAGACACACAUUCACAGUUGCAAGGUAUGGAAUAUGUUCAUUUGGCCCUACCAUCAGAGUUUCCAGGUAUAAAUACUGUGGAAUUGACUCUAAGACCAGUACAAGAAGAUAUGAAAUCUGUGGAGUUUGCCCCAAAGCCAUGGUUACAAGAUAUAAGAUCUGAGGAGACAGCUCCAGUAUCAUUGCUUGAAGAUGUGAAAACUCCUCAAAUGGUAGAAAGUAGGAGGUUGAUUCCUGAGACACAGGUAGAAGAUAUGAAAUAUGAGGAACUGAUCCCAGGGGCACACAUUCAAGCAGUAAAAUCUGUAGAAUUGAACCUCAAACCGAAUCAUCAAGUCACAGAACCUAAAGGAUUGACCCCAUGGCAUCAAGCUUCAGAAUCUUUAAGGAUGAUCUCAGAGCCAGGAUAUCCAGAAACAGAAGCAAAGUUUACCUCUGACACUUGUCACCAUGCAAAAGAAUCUAGGGGGUUGAUACAAUCAUCUUUAGGAAAUACUCCAGGGCCACUGAGCCAAGCUUUAGAAUUUAUGCAGAUGAACUCAAUGUCAUUCCAAGGUACUCUUGAGCCAAUGUUCCAAAGUGUAAAAGCCAUGGGAGAUACUCCAGUGUCACAGCACACAAUACAAGAAUCUUUAGAGUUGGUACCAGGAUCAGAGAUGCAAGGUAUGAAAUCAAAGAUGUUGACCCCAGAGUCCCAAGGUAUGAAGUUUGUUCAUCUGAAUCUAGGACCAUAUUCAGAAGUUAUGAACUAUGAGGAGUUGAUCUUGGAACCACAAUUUCAAAAUGUGAAAUCUGUUCCAUUGACCUCAGAACCACAGUCCAAAAGUAUAAAACCUGAGGAGUUGACUCUAGGGCCAUUAAUGCAUGAUAAUAAUUUUGUGGAUUUACACGUGCCACUGGAAGAAUCUAGUAGGUUAAUUCCUGAGACACAGUUACAGCAUGUUGAAUCAAGGAAAGUGACCAUGGAACCACAUUUACAAGGAUUGAAAUCUGUGGGUCUAACUUCCAGACCAAGGCAUCAAGACACAGAGCCUGCAGAGUUAGCUGCUGAGAUCUUCCCACAAGAAGAAGAAUCUGUGAAACUGAUCCCACAGCUAGUCUUGAAAACUGCUGGGGUGGUGCCUAGGCCACAUUUUCAAAAAUUUUCAGAGAUGACUCUAGGUCAAGGCUAUCUAGAUACAGAAACUGUGAGGCUGACUUCUGAGGCUUUGCCCCAAGUAGCAUUAACACAAAAACCAAUAGGUCAAGUUAGAGAAUCUACAGGAAUGACUCCCCUAAGGCCACAUCUUCAAGUUACAGAGUCAUCAGGGAUACCUCUAAGGUCAGAAUAUGAAAACACAGAAACUGUGGGGUUGGCAACAUUUCCAGUUGAAAACAUCCAGGAGGUAAUACUAGUACUACCAUAUUCAGAAAAAGGAUCUCUGGAGUUGACUUUAGGACCAGGGAUGCAAUGUGAGAUAUCAGAGCCACUACUGCAAAAUUUGAAAUAUGUGAAGUUAACCUCUGAGUCAUCCCUAUUAGUGGUAGGAUCUAAACAGUUUAUUACAGGACCAAAACCACAUGUUAUGGAGUUGACCCCAGAGCCACAGCUCCAGGCAGUAAAGUCUAGGCAGUUGGAGCCAGAGCCAAAAUUACAAGAUGUGAAAUAUGUUAAUUUAAUUCAACAGUCAACUACUACCAGAGUGGUAGAAUCAGAGAAGCCAAUACAAGAGCCAGUGCUACAAAGCAUGAUAUCAGAGGAAUUGACUAAGGAGGCACAGCUCCAAGGGCCACAGCUGCAUAGUGUAAGAUUUUCAGAGUUAUCUCCAGAGCUGCCACUUCAAGGAGAAAGACCUAUAGAUUUAAUCUCAGGGUCUCCACAUCAUGGUGUGAAAUCUGAUGAUUUGACCCCAGGUUCCCCAGUGCAAGAAAUAAAAUUGUCAGAUUUUAUCCCAGGACCAAAACAUCAAAGUGUUGUAUCUGUACAGUUGACUGCAGAAUCACAACCUCAAAGUAUGAAAUUUAUGGAACUAAACUCAGGACCAUGCUUGCAAUGUAUCAGAUUUUCUGAUUUGACCCCAGAACCAAAGCGUCAAGGUUUCAAACAUGUGCAGUUUAUACCAGGAACACAGCUUCAAGACAUAAAGUCUGUAGGAUUUGUAACAGAGUCAUCUUUGCAGUCAAGUCAAGGGCUCCCAGCUGAAAAUAUGAAAUCUGUUCUGUCUACUGAAGGAUCACAGUUUCACAGCUUGAAAUCUGUCAAACUGACCUCAAAACUACAAUUUCAAGAUGUGAAAUCUGAGGAACUGAACCUAGGGCCAAGGCAGCAAGAUGUCAAAUUUUCUGAAUUGACUUCAGGGCCAAAGCUUCAAGGUGUCAAAUCUGGGGAGCAAACCCCAGGACCACUGUUUCAUAGUGUGACUUCUGUGGAGACGACUCUAGAGUUAGGGCUUCAAGAUUCUAAAUCAGCAAAGAUGUCUCCAGGGCUUCAAGGUGUGAAACAGGUGGAGCCACGGCUACAAGAUGUCAAAUUUUGUGAACUGACAUCAGGAACUCAAACUCAAGGUGUGAAAUCUUCAGAGUUAAACUCAGGGCAACAACAACAAUAUGUGAAGUUUUUUGAGUUCACUCCAGAGCCAAAGAUGCAAGGAGUAAAAUCUAUGAAGUUGACCCCAGGACCUGAGCAGCAAGGCGUUAAGCCUGAGAUGUUAGUACCAGAGCCACUGUUUCAAGGUGUAAAAUGUGUGGCAGUAGACCAAAUGUCAAGCUUUGAAGGUGACACUUCAUAUAAAUUAGUCUCAGAGCCACAGAUACCAGAUGUAAAAUCUAUGGAGUUGACUCCUAGACCGCAGUUGCCAAGUGAAAUCUAUUCUGAGUUGACCAGAAGACCAUGGUUACAAGUUGUGAAAUCUUCUGAAUUGAUCCAAAGACCACAGUUGCAAGAUGUAAAACCUGUAGAGUGGACCCCAAUCUCAAAGCUUCAAGGUUUACAGUCUGAGGCGCUAACGCCAGAGCCACAGCUGGAAGAUACGAAAUCUGUGGAGUUAACACCAGGGCCACAUUUGGGAAGUAUGAAAUCUAUGCAGUUAACAUCAAAGCCACAACUGGGAAAUGUCAAAUCUACAGUGUUGACCCUUGGGCCACAGGUGCGAGAUGUGAAACCGGUAGAGAUGACCCCAGGCUCAAAACUUCAUGAUUUGAAAACUGAGUUGUUAAUCUCAGAGUCAGAGUUGAAAGAUCUGAACUCUGUGGCCUUAACUCCAGGACAAUGUCCAAGAGGUAUGAAAUCUACGUUGCUAACCCCAAGUCCACAGCUGGAAGUUAAGAAAUCUGUGGAGAUAACAUCGGGGCCACAGAUAGAAGAUGUCAAAUUUUGUGAACUGACAUCAGGAACUCAAACUCAAGGUGUGAAAUCUUCAGAGUUAAACUCAGGGCAACAACAACAAUAUGUGAAUUUUUUUGAGUUCACUCCAGAGCCAAAGAUGCAAGGAGUAAAAUCUAUGAAGUUGACCCCAAAUCUUGAGUCACAAUCUCAAGGUGUCAAAUCUGUAAAGUUGAAAUCUUCAAUACAGUUAAGAGAUGUGAAGUCAUCUGAAUUGCCUCUGGGGCCAAAAAUUCAAGGUGCAACAUAUAUGAAUUUCAACCUUGGGCCACAGUUGCAGAGUGUGGAAACUCCUGAGUUAUCCCCAGGACCACAGCUGCAAGAAGGAAAAUUUUUGGCAUCAACCUCAGAGCCACAGCUUCAAGGUAGGAAAACUGUGGAGUUACACCAAAAGCCACAGCUUGAAAGUAUGAGAGCUGUUCAGUGGAUGCCUGCACUAGUGUUUCAAGGUGUGAAAUCUCUGCUAAAUCUUGGGUUGCAAUCUCAAUGUGUCAAACCAGCAGAGUUGAAACCUUUGAUACAAUUAAGAGAUAAGAAGCCAUCGGUAUUGACUCCAAGGCCAAAGCUCCAAGGUAUACAAUCUCUGGCAUCACUCCAAGAACCUCAGCCUCAAGGUCUCAAUUUGAAACCUUGUCUACAGUUUAGAAGUAAGAAAUCAUGUGACCUGACUUCCAAGUCAGAGCUCUGUGAUGUAAAACCCAUGAUGUUCAAAUCUAGGCCUCACUUGCAUGAUGGAAAAUCUCCUAAGUUGAUCCCAGGACCAUGGUUUCAAGAAGUGAAACCAUUACCGUCAUCCCCAGGAACACAGCUUCAAGGUGUGAAGUCUGUAUUGCUUACACAAGAGCCACAGUUUCCUGAGGUGAAAUCUGGGGUAUUAAACCAAGAGUCACAAUUACAAAGUGAUGAAACCAUAGAGUUGAACUCCCUACUACACUUGAAAAGUAUGAAGUCAUCUGAGUUGACUCUUCAGACAGAGCUUCAAGGUGUGAAAUCUGAGGAUUUCAACAGUGGGCCACAGUGGCAAGGCCCAAAAUCUUCUAAGUCACCACUUGAGACAAAGUCCCAAGAUAAGAAAUUUACUGAGUUAAUCUCUGACUCACAGUUGCAAGGUACAACAUUUUCUAAAUUGACUGUGGGGAAAAAGAUUCAAGGUGUCAAAUCUACAGAUUUCAACCCUGGGUCAUUGUUACAAGGUGUGAAAUCUUCUGAGUUGAUGCUGGGGACAAAGCUUCAAAAAGUGAAAUCAGUGGAAUUCAAGUCGGGUCCACAGUUGGAAGAUAUGAAAUCUUCCAAAUUAAUCACAGGUAUAAAGCUUCAAGAUGUAAAAUCUAUGAAUUUCAGGUCUGGACCAAACUUGCAGGGUAUGAAAUUGUCUGGAGUUAUCCCAAGGGAAAAGCUUCAAGGUGUGAAGUCUGUAGAACUGAAACCUAGUCCAAAGUUACAAGGUGAGAAAUCUUCUGAUUUGACUCUGGGGAGGAAGUUUCCAGGUGUGAAAUCUAUAGAGUUGGACUUAGGCCCACACUUACAAGAUAUGAAAUGUUCUGAGCUGAUCAUGGGUAUAAAGCUUCCAGAUGUAAAAUCUAAGCAGUUAAGUUCUAGACCACACUUUCAAGGUAUGAAAUCUUCUGAAGUGAUCCCAGGGACAAAGCUUCAGAAAGCGAAAUCAGUGUUCAACUCUGGACCACAGACACAAAGCAAAAAAUUUUCUGAGUUGAUUCAAGGGACAAAGCUUCAAGAUGUAAAAUCCUUAGAGUUUAACUGUGGACUGAAGUUACAAGGUGGGAAAUCUGAUUUAACCCAGAGGAGGAAGCUUCAAGGUGUGAAAUCACUGGAGUUCAACCCUGGACUACAGAGACAGGGUGAGAAAUCUGAUUUGAUGCUACAGUGGAGGCUUCAAGAUUUGAAAUCUGUUGUUCCAUGGCUGCAAGGUGUGACAUCUUCAGAGUUAACACCAGAGACAAAGCUUCAAAGUGGAGAAUCUGUGGAGUUCAUCACCAGGCCAAUGUGGCAAGAUAUGAAACCUUUUGAAUUGACUCUUGGUACAAAGGUACAAGAUGUGAAAUCUUUGGGAUUUAACUCAGCUCCACAGUUACAAGACAGGAAAUUGUCUAUGUUGACACCAGAGGCACACCUUCAAGGUGUGAAAUCUAUGGAAUUCAACCCUGAGGCAAAAUUGCAAGGUGCAAAAUCUUCUGAACAAAAAAAAAAAAAAAAAAAAUCUUCUGAACAUAUAAAGCUUCAACUAAUGAACUCUACUGAGGUCAACCCUGGUCUAGAAUUCAAGGUUGCAAAACCCUCUGAGUUGGCCUUGGAAUCAAAGAUUCAUAGUGGAAUAUUGUCUGAGAUCAGUGGUAGAAAGCAGUGGCAAGAUGAGAAAUCUUAUAAGUUGAAUCCAUGGCCAGAACUUCAAAGUGUAAAAGUCAUGGUGUUCAAUCCUGGGACACAUUCGCAACAUAUAAAAUCUUCAGAAUUAUGUAAAGGGACAAAGCUUCAAGAUGUGAAAUCUUUGGAAUUCAAUCCUGACCAACAGUUGCAAGAUGUGAACUCUUCUGAUUUUUGUCUGGGAACAAGGCUUCACGGUAUUCAAUAUUUUGAGUUCAAUCCUCAACCACAGUUGCAAGAGGUAAAACCUGAGUUGAGCACAGAAAUGAAGCUUCCAGAUGAGCAGUUUCUGGAAUUCAAGCAUAAGCCUAAAUUACAAGGUGGGAAAUGCUCUGAACAGAAUCCAGGGCCACAGCUUCAGUGUGUAAAUUAUAUGCCAGUCAACACUGGGUCACAGGUGCAAGGUAUAAAGUCCUCUGGGUUGAAUCCUAGUCCACAGCUUCAAGGUAGAAAAUCUAAGGUGCUCUGCAUUGGGCCUAAUUUGCAAGGUGUGAAUUCUUCUGCAUUCAUUUCAGAACCAAAACUUCAAUGUGUAAUUUCUACUGGAUGCAACCCCGGGCCACAUUUGCAAGGCACAAACACUUCUGAAUUAACUUCCAUUUCAAAACUUCAAGGUAUGAAUUCUUCUAAGUUAAAUUCUGAGAUCCCAGGAAUGGAUGUCAUAUCUAAUGAAAGGAUUAAGAGGAAACAGGUGGAGGAGUCAGGGAGCUCACUCCGGAGCCUUUCCCACCAUCCACCACAAAACUGGAGAUCACUAUCUAGGAUCUUCCAGGCAGGAUCAGGGGCUCGAAGAGGCCUUACCUGGCCUGUCCUGGGCAGGCGACAGAAUGUCUGGGAAAGUCGCUCCUGGAGGCAGCGACUACCUCGAAAAUACCUCUCCAGUAUGCUAACGCUGGGCAAUGUCUUGGGGACCAGCAUGGAAAGGAAGCUUUAUUCUCAAACAUCUUUAACAGAAAGAGCCACUGCAGAUACCUGUCAAUCUAUUCAGAAUUUAUUUGGGGUUCCAGUUGAAUUGAUGGCAUUUUCCCAGAGUCUGCUUGAGAAGGGUCAAGGUACUAUUUCUCAGCCUUCAGUUGUCAAAAACUACAUUCAGAGACAUACUUCAUGCCACCAUGGUCAUGAGAAAAGAAUGGCCUUAAGGAUGUGGACACGUGUCUCCAUGUCCUCCAUAAUACAGCACUACUCUGGCACUAGAGUGAGAAUAAAGAAAACAAACUCAAAGCCCUGUGAUAUAUCCCAGGAAGUCACUCAGCACAUGCCUGUUUCAUGUACAGGGAGUCAGCUUUCUGCCCCAGCAAAGUCAGAGUCUUCCUUCAACGUAUUUUUUGCUAGGAGAGAUUCUGUUCCAGUGGAAGAGAGUAAGAACUCACAGAGUGAUUCACAGACAAGGAUUUUUGAGUCCCAACACUCCCUCAAGCCAAGUUAUCUUCCCCAGGCCAAGUCUGACUUCUCCGAACAGUUCCAGCUUCUACAAGAUCUGCAGCUAAAAAUAGCAGCAAAACUGUUAAGGAGUCAAAUACCCCCCAACGUACGUCCACCUUUAGCUUCAGGUCUGGUUCUAAAAUACCCUAUCUGCCUACAGUGUGGCCGAUGUUCAGGAUUUAAUUGCUGUCAUAAAUUACAGGCCACUUUUGGAACUUAUCUUCUUAUCUAUCCACAGCUUCACCUUGUAAGCACUCCUGAAGGCCGUGGAGAGAUCAGGUUGCGUCUUGGCUUUAGGUUGCAAACUAGGAAAAGACCCCAAGUCCCAGAGUUUCAUAGAAGAGGUAGACGCAUCACACCAAGGAGCCUUAGAUCAACAUCACUAAGGAAAGCUAAAGGCUAUACUCAAGCUUCCAAGAGUCCUACUUCUACAAUAGAUUUCCUGUCUGGGUCUUCCCAGUGUCCUGCUCCUAUACAAGUCCACAUCAGGCGAAGGCAAGGCGGCAGCCCUGGCCUAGUAGAAAAGACAGAAAUUAGAGAGGCUGGACACUAUGGAUUCACUGAAGUUCACUGUUUAUCAGAGAGUGACUCUGGAAGCAAUCAGGAUGAAAAGUGGGCUAAAGUGAGAACAAAAAGGACCCAUGAUUCAAAACAUCCAAUGAAAAGAAUCCCCAGGGAAGUCAGAACACAAAACACAAAGUUCUACACAAAUAGUACAGCCAUAAUACAGAGGUUCUCUAAGGAAUUACCAAGCCAGUUAAGAAGGAAGAGGAGUGGAGUGUCUCAGACAACUACCGCCUCUUCAAAAAGACAACCUAAGAAAUCUUCCCCACCACAAUUCAUUCAACUCCUUUUUCGGGGCCUAAAGCAGGCAUUCCAAACAGCACACAUGGCUUUGGUUUGUGUUUGGCAGAAGCCUGAGGACAGGACAAGGCCAGACCAUUUCUGGUCAAGCAAAAACUACCUUCCAAAACAAAAAGCCAGAGACUAUUGCUUAUCAAGAGAUACCAAAAGACAGACGAUGCCAACUCUCAAGCUAAGGCCAACAGACCCAACCAUUAAGGAGGAGAGCACAUUGUGGGGAGAAACAGACCAAUUCAGAUCAGCUCAACAACCAACAGGAAAUAGCUCUUUCCAACCCAGACCUAUACAACUGCCAAGCCUAGUUUCCCAAAGAAGUACCACUCUCAAAAACACCUCAAGCAGCCAGCCUUUGGGUCCUGUUCAAAAUGAGAGUAAUAGCAGAGCUAAGAAAAACUUUAACAGAAAUGAAGUCUCUAGCCAGGAGUCCAAGAACUCCAAACCAGGAACCAGAGUUCAUGCUGGAGGGAGACUCUUACAUGGUUCCCCUAUGAACAGAACCUCACACAGUCACCUUAAAGAAAAACCCACACACAAGGAACGAAAUUGGAAUUCUUCUGGAAGUAGCCAAUAUAGUCCCUCUGAGAGGAGCCACCACAGGGCCUCUGAGAGAUGUCGCAGUCCCUCUGAGAGGAGAUGUCGCAGUCUCUCUGAGAGGAGCCACCACAGUCCCUCUGAGAGAUGUCACAGACUCUUUGAGAAAAUCCGUCGCGGUCCCUCUGAGAGGAGAGGACACAGUGCUUCUGAGAGAAGACCGUACAGGCCCUCUGAAAGGGGCAGACACAGUCAUUCUGAAGAGUGACACAGUCCCUCUGAGAGGAGCCACCAAAGUCCCCUCAAGGAGAGACUCAAGCACAGCUCACCUAGCGAGAAGCCCAGAUAUAGUUUAGGUAAAGAUUUCAGGAGUAACUCAAACAUGUUUCCUAAAGACCACACCAAAAAUCCCCAAGGGAGGGCAAGUUUGGAGGCCUGA